AUGUCGUAUUUUGAUUUCUUUUGUGAUAUUGUCAAAAAGGAUGCUUCAAAUAAUGAAUCAAUCAAGGGCACUUGUUACCAAAUGUGUCCUCAGGAUGAAACGAUUUUACGCGAGCGUGCGGGCUUAGUGCAUUUGUUAGAAGUAUCCGGCCCGAAACGACAACUUGUAAAGAGCUAUAGUCGAUCGGCUGCUGACUCCAAUAUGGCAAUACCUAGGAUUCUAAGGCCUUUUUCAGUACUUAAACAAACCAUUGAACAUCUUUUACUAAGUGUUACACAAAGGAACGACGUAUCGCUUCCAUGUUUGUAUGACUUCCUGAAUGACCGUUUGCGUGCAAUAAGACAGGAUAUGACGAUACAGCGGCUGCCGCCAGAUGAAUGUAUACAAUUGCUUGAGCCCAUGAUCAGAUUUCAUGUUUAUUUUGGAUAUAGAUUAUCCGGAUGUUCUAUAAAUGAAUUUGACCCAGUACUGAAUAAGAAGUAUCUUUUGGAAUGCAUGAAAUGGUUUCUAUAUUGUUGUGAUAUUUUAGAUAGACAAAUUAAAAGCAACAAGGUAAAUAAUGAUCUAAGUGAAUUACUGUCGGCUUGGUCAUUAGACAAGAAGCCUGUCCAGAAACUUACAUGUGAUAAAAUACUUGUGGAGAGCUUGUAUAUAUUAUGUAAUUUGGAUGACAUGCAUCCAUUGUUCAGGUUUCUAACUCUGCAACCAGAACUGAGAAGCGCCCCUUUACUACGAUUGACCUAUGAAAUAGCAAUAGCAAAUUUAAAAGGCAAUUUCGUGAAAAUUUGCAGACUUUCAGAAAAACUGUGUCCAUUGACUUAUUGUGCGUUUAAUCUAUAUCUACCAACACUUCAACGGAAAGCAUUACAUGUAAUGAGCCAUGGAUACAGCAGCAAGCAACUGACAGUGCCCACUGAGGUGGUGCAGAGGUGGCUGGCCUUCGACAGCGAUGCCGAUGUGAAAUCAACCUGUCAACACUACGGUCUGAAGGCGAACGGCGUUGUCCACUUCGCCAAAGGGGCUUUUAGGAGUGACGUGCAGUUGAUAAAGACGAAGACGCAAGUAAAAGAUAAACUAAAUUUAUCUAUUGGAGAAAUCCUCUCAUAUGGAGUUAAAUCAAAUUGCUGA